AUGGUGAAGUGGAGAGGGAGAGUGCUAAUGAAUAAUAUUCUCGCUUAUUUCUUUUAUUAAGUUAAGGAUUUGGGAAACGCCCUUAAAUAUACAUUUGAAGCACAACAAUACGCAGUGGAAUUGAAUGAACAAAGAAACAGAGACUGCGAUUAUAUAAUUUCUGUAAACUUUGUGACAUUCUUGAUACUGUGGAAAAUAGGCAAAUACUAAGAAGCAAAGAGAUAUCUAGAUAUUAAUAGAAAAUUGAUAGAUGUGCUACUGAAUGAAAAAUCUAAAAUUCUAACUGAUGCUAAUGGAGCUAUUAAUGGACUGAGUAGAUAUAAUGAGCCUAAUGGAAACCAAUCCUCCCUCUCUGUGAUUCUUGAAAGUUCACACUAGACUUUUAACAGGUAGACUUUAAGCGGUUAGCUUAACGGCGAGGGGGAUGAGUUGUUCAAUGAUGACGUAUAAAGAUUUAAAUCACCGGAUAAUAAAAAUAGGAUAAAGGAAGUUUCAAUGUUUGACAAAAAGUUUGAUAAGAAAGUUCUGUAAUAAUUAAUGGCAUCUGACAGCGAGGAAGAAGUUCUUUAGGCAAAUCUUCCAUAAUCACAAAAUAACUAAACAUAGGACUAGUAAUCUUAGCAUUUCUCCAUAAGAAAAUCUAAUAUUAAGAACUACUCUAGAUUAUCUUAGCUCUCAAAACUUAACUUACUAGGCUUAAUAGAUCUGUCACUUAUAGCUGCUGACUUGAAGAUAUCUUAAGACGUUGAUUAGGCAAUUAAGAGCUGCGAAGAUAGCGUCUAGAUUCUCAAACUUACCAAUAAAGAUAUUGGUGACUUAGGAAUAGCAUCUUAAAAUUUAAUUGAAGAGUUGAGAGAUAACUUGCUUAAAGUCAAGGAAAAAGACCUCGAUCUUGAUGAUAUCAAUAAUUCUCCUUCUCCUUAGAAAACCAAAUCCUCUUUAAUGCACAUCUAGUUGUAGAAGUAUCAACAAGGUGACUAAGAGGAGAUUGAAUUUUUGAAAAGCAUCAGAAAAGGAAAUAAAAUCAUAACCUCCAAAGAGUUCAAAUUAGUAUUCUUCAUUACUUGUUUUGUUCCGUUUAUAAGACCUAAUGUACCGAUGAUUAGAGAGCAAAGCAUGACUAAAGCUAAGCAAGCUUAAAAAGAAAAUAUAAGAAAAAGAAAGUAGCAGUAUGCUCUUUCAAAGGCAGAAGAAGAUAGCGAUCUAUACUAAUUAGACAUGUAGAUGUUUGAGUUUUUUAAACGACAAAAGGAGAGGUUAAACGAUAAUGCAUCUCAAACCAACGAGCAAGCAUAGUAAAACUAAAAUCAGUCUUCAGGUGUGAGACUGCCCCUUGGUUAAUCACUAUUAGUGAAGCUAUACGAUGAUGAAAUUUCGAAGAGGUAGAGACAUGAACAGGCCUUUUAGAAUACCUUGCCUAGCCAGAAUAAUAAGAAAGAAGCCUUUCCUAACGCUCUUAACUCCAGAAAGAAUAUUCAAAUGAAGCCAAAUUUGUAUAAGAAAAAAGCAUAUUUAUCAUAAGUAAGAGACGUUUCACAUUAGCAGCAUUACCAAGGAAAUUCUUAAGAUGCAUCAAUGGUAGCUAGCAAUAUCUAAAAUGAUAAUCCAUAGUAGCCAGGCUAGAAUAAUCCAAUAGAAAUGAACAAUGAAGAAUAAUCGAAUCACUAGUCUCAGAAUCAUUAAGUAAAUGAAGAUGGUUCAAUGAUAGACUUGAGAGUUGUUACAAAUACUGAAGCCAUUGCUAAUUAGAAAAGUAAGUCUGCUGGUCAUUACAACUCGUCUUCUUUUAAUGAAAGAAUGAAGAGAACAUAUAUUUCAGAAUUUCCUAAGAUAUCUAACAACAAAAAUGCAUCUAAUCUAAUUAAUCAUCACAAUCAAUAAUUUGUUCAAAAGAAUACAUUAUCGAACAGAAAUCAAAAUAAGAGAGGUGUAACGAAUUAAAAGCCUUCUUACUUGCUUAAUAACUCGUCCUACUACUCAAACAUGUUCCCUAGUUUUGUUCCCAAGCAUAAGGUAUUUUAAGGUUAGAUGGGCAUCCGAAGAAAUAUAUAUAAUGCGGCCAUUGAGAGAAGAGAGAAUGACGAGGAUAGCUACAAUUAUGAAAUUAUGAAUAAAAAUCAAAGCUAAGAUAGAUUGCAAUCCGAAGAGGACAUUUAUAACAAAACCAUGAAAGACAAGCUUACUUCUUACAAAGAUAAUAAUCCUAAUAUUGAAGAAUCAGGAGGAGAUGAAACUUUAUACCCUAAAUCCCUCAUGCAAACUUAGAAUGUUAAAUAGAGUACUGACUCAACCAUAAAUAAUAAUAAUUAAAUAAAUAGCAACAGCUAUCAUUAGAAGUCAGAAUUUUCAAAUAAUAGCAUGGCUGAAAAAAGGCUUGAAGAUUCUAUUGUUAUUUAAAGCAUGCAACAGCAGAACGUGAAUAACAGCACUGAUUUUGGGAGCUUUUAAAAGUUAAACUAGAAAUCACAGCCUAAGACUGCUGAGGAAUAAGUUAGAAAUCACAUAAAUCCUAUUUCCACUAGAUCUAAACUCAGCAGGGGUCACUAAUUUUCGAACAUAGACCACAGAAACUACUAAAGCCAGUAAUAGAGACUUAAAACUCAGCAUAGAGUUUAAAGAUUAGAUUCAAAUAAUAUUGGAUAGCUUCUCACCAAUCACUACAAUUUUACAGACUAGGCGAAGUAGCAAGCAUUGUAAAAAAUUGAGGCAUAGCUGGAGAAGAAUAAUAAAAGGUUUAAAGUCAUUAACAAUCUGGCCCACGAGUAUGUGAAUUAAAAAACAAAUAAUCAUUCGUUUUUGAAAUCAAAGGAUGGCAUUCAAUCAAUAAUUGGAACAAAUAGCAAUAUAAAUCAAAGCAAAAAGCAGCUCGAACAGUUACAAAAAAAUCAUGAAAAAUGGGCAAACUAUGAAGGAAUACGAUCAAUAGGGGAGGGCUCUCAUGACAACAGUAAUAAAAGCAAUAUCUUAUGA